CGCAAGGCGAUUGCUCUCUUUGACUUCACGCCCGAAAACGACAACGAGGUAGGCCUCACGGCAGGCCAGCUCAUAUGGAUCUCCUACAGACAUGGCCAGGGCUGGCUAGUGGCCGAGGACCCCGAGUCUGGCGAAAACGGGCUUGUUCCCGAGGAGUACGUG